AAAAGUCACCCUUAGAAAUGGCUUCACCUUAUAAUAUGACGCAAACGAGAGGUGUAGUUGGGCAUGGAAGAUGGCGAGUGUGGAAACCGCUGCGGAACAUGAACGAAUUUUACGGGAGAUUGAAAGUACUGACACUAAUUGUAUUGGACCCACUCUACGGUCCGUCUACGAUGGCCGCGCACACGGACUCUUCGUGGAGAAUUUGGAGGGGAGGAUACGGAACCAUGACCGUGAGAUCGAGAAGAUGUGCAACCACCACUUCCAGGGCUUUGUGGACUCCAUCACUGAGCUGCUGAAAGUGCGUGGGGAGGCCCAGAAGCUAAAGAGUCAGGUGACCGAGACCAACACAAAGCUCCAGGAUGACGGAAAGGAGAUCCUUACCACCAUGGACGAGCUGAUGCAGUGUCGGAUACAGCAGAGAAACAUCGUCACCACCAUUGAGAAACUCACACGCUGCCUGCCUGUAUUGCAGAUGUAUAGCAAGCUACAAGAACAGAUGAAGGCCAAACGGUACUAUCCAGCACUGCGGACGUUGGAGCAUCUGGAGCAGAGCUGUCUUCCGCAGGCAGGAGAGUACCGCUUUUGCGCCAUCAUGGCCGAGAACAUCCCACGCUUGCGUGUCAACAUCCGAGACGUGUCCAUGUCGGACCUCAAGGACUUCCUGGAGAGCAUUCGGAAACACUCGGACAAGAUCGGAGGGGCGGCGAUGAAACAGGCCCAGAACCAGCGCUCCCUGAACAGUGCAGGUAUGCAGCAGCAGCAGCAGAGAGGAGGCAGCGGGAGGCGUGUCCGGAAGGAUCCGCCCAGCUCCGAGCUCGAGGGCCAGAGCGACAGCCCCCUCUCCGAGCAGGACUCCGGCAUCCUGGAUGUGGAGGACGAGGAGGACGAUGAAGAGGAGGAGGAGGUGCCUGGUGCGCAGGAACUAGUUGACUACUCUCCUGUCUACCGCUGUCUGCACAUUUACACAGUCCUGGGUGCCAGGGACACGUUUGAGAACUACUACAGGAAGCAGAGGAGGAAACAGGCACGGCUAGUGCUCCAGCCACACUCCAACAUGCAUGAGACCCUGGAGGGCUACAGGAGGUACUUCAAUCAAAUUGUGGGGUUCUUUGUUGUGGAGGAUCAGGUCCUCCACACGACCCAGGGGCUGGUGAACAGGGCGUACCUAGAGGAGCUGUGGGACCUGGCCCUGUCCAAGACCAUCGCAGCGCUGCGCACACACUCAUCUUACUGCACCGAUCCUGACCUGGUACUGGACCUGAAGAACCUCAUCGUGCUCUUCGCAGACACACUACAGGGUUAUGGUUUCACCGUAAACCAGUUGUUUGACAUGCUGCUGGAGAUGAGAGACCAGUACGGCGAGAUCUUGCUGAAGAAAUGGGCCUUGUCCUUCAGGCAAAUCCUGGACCUGGACAAUUACAGCCCCAUCCCAGUGGCCACUCCAGAGGAGUAUCACAGCAUCACCAGUCAGUUCCCCUUCCAGGACCCAGAGUUGGACAAGACUCCCUUUCCUAAGAAGCUGCCCUUCUCAGAGUUUGUGCCUCGAGUUUACAGCCAGCUCAAGGAGUUCAUCUACGCCUGUCUGAAGUUUUCUGAGGACCUACACCUCAGCUCAACAGAGAUUGAUGACAUGAUCCGCAAGUCCACCAACCUGCUGCUCACGAGGACUCUCAGCAACUGCCUUCAGUACGCCAUCAAGAAGAAGAAUGUGGGACUAGCAGAGCUGGUCCAGAUCAUCAUCAACACCACACACCUGGAGCAGUCCUGCCACUACCUGGAGGAGUUCAUCUCUAACAUCACCAACGUGCCGCCCGACACCAUGAACGCCACCAAGCUCUACGGCACCUCCACCUUUAAGGACGCACGGCAUACGGCUGAGGCGGGGAUCUACACUAAACUCAACCACAAGAUCGAUCAGUUCCUGCAGCUGGCUGAUUAUGAUUGGAUGGCGGUGCAGGGGGCGGGCCAGGCCAGCGACUACCUGAGCGACCUCAUCGCCUUCCUCUGCAGCACCUUCUCCGUCUUCACCCAUCUGCCCGGGAAGGCCAUUGAGCACGGCACCCUUCCGGGUAAGGUGGCUCAGACGGCCUGCAUGUCAGCCUGUAAGCACCUCUCCACCUCCCUGCUGCAGCAGCUGCUGGAGCCCGACGUCAGGCAGGUGUCCAUGGGGGCGCUGCAGCAGCUGAACGUAGACGUCAAGGAGUGCGAGCGGUUUGCCAGGGCGGGCCCAGUGCCUGGCUUCCAGGGGGACACACUGCUGCUCGCCUUCAUCGACUUGAGACAACUCCUCGAUCUCUUCACCCAGUGGGACUGGUCCACGUACCUGGCAGACUACGGGCGCCCCACCUGCAAGUACCUGCGGGUCAACCCACACACGGCCCUGGCUCUGCUGGAGAAGAUCUCUCGAGCAAUGAAGGACACCAGCCGGAAGAACAACAUGUUCUCACAGUUCCGCAAGAACGAGCGAGACAAGCAGAAGCUCAUCGACACCGUGGUCAAGCAGCUGAGGAACCUCAUCGCCUCCCAUCAGUCCUGAGAAUGCCCUCUCAUUGGCAGUCGGGUGUCAGCUGACACACUCCAGCCUCUCCUCAUAGGUCACCUCUGCCAUCACCCUCCCCCAGUGGGAAGCAUGACCCUAACGUACAGAUGCCUGUCACAGAACCAUCACAGUUGCUCAUCUUUUAUAAGUAUAUUUGCUUUAUUCUGAAGUGCCACCUGCUUUUUCUUAAGCAUGUCUUCCCCUCGCAAGGCUCCCUGAAACAGAAUGCCUUUAAACUCCAACCAGAAGGGAGAUGCUCUUUUCUUUUUUUUUUUUUUGUAUCUUCCUCUGAAUUCCCGUCUUCCAAUAGGAUUUGUUCCAAGCACAGAGAGGGAUGUGGAUGCAGUUUGAUCCCCUCCACAGAACAGACUGGUUGGGAUGGAUGUGCAGAGUGCCACAUCUCCCAGCCACACAAAGUGUGUUCAGAAAGAUGCUGGACGAUACUUUACCCAUUGCACACAUUCAACUUUGCUGAGCUGGUACAGUCGUUACUGAUGCCUGUGUGGUUUUUUUUACAACUGUUGAAAGACUUAAGUUUGUAAAGAGUCAGAUGAUUGGACUACGAGCAGUUUAGUCGUCUCAUACCCUGUGGUCAGUGCACAGCGGUUUCUCACCUGAUGGAACUGGAACACUGAUUGUACUAGCCAAGAUAACCAUAGGAAGCUUUUAGUGGGCCGCAGCCGGGGAAGGUGUAUUUCUUGAGAAGGAGGAGAAGGAGGGGUUGAGUUUAUGGUAAAGAUGAGUGCCACAGCGUUAGUGUUUGCCUUAAUCCUUUGUCAUGCUUGACAUGCCUCUCCUUGUCUUGCCGUUACAAAUAUAGCCUGCGUAACUAUUGUGUAGACGCCUUUUAAUAUCUAGGGUUGUGAGACAGUUAGUGUAGCCACUGAAUACAAAGGGUCUAGUCUUCCAUAAACAUGUGAGGGUGUGUGUGUGUGUGUGUGUGUGUGUGUGUGUGUGUGUGUGUGUGUGUGUGUGUGUGUGUGUGUGUGUGUGUGUGUGUGUGUGUGUGUGUGUGUGUGUGUGUGUGUGUGUGUGUGUGUGUGUACGCUUUUGAACAGUUGAGCAUUUGUACAAAACCUUCAUUAUGUAAAGGGUGGGUUCUUUUUGUCAUUUUAAUCUUUUCCUGGUCAAUAGGUGCAAUACUAUUUCAGAGUGGUUUUUGAGUCCAAAAGAAGUCAAGGCUGUGGAUGUCUUAUCUAAAUUUGGGCAGUCAGAAAAGGUCUAAUCCACUCCAUGGGGUUGGUUAAGACAUCAUUCAAAUGUUACAGCUCUGUGUAACAAGCUUGUACAAGUGGUGACUCUACACUCAAACAAAGGGAUACAGAUUGGUUGAAAGAUACAAAAGGGAAGAUGUCCUUGUCCUUUCAGCUUUAAAGGGACAAGAUGUGUCAUGUUGAGAUUUUAUAGGAGUGUGUGUGUGUGUGUGUGUGUGUGUGCUUGUGUAUGUGUAUGUGUGUGUUUGCAAGACCAAUUGAUAAUUUAGGUGUAUUCUGCAUCCAACUGGAGUUUUGAGGAAAAGACACACUGUUGUACUUGUGUGUGUUUGCGUGUGUGUCAAAGUUGUGCUUCUUUUGGGCCCCAGUCAGAGCUGAUGCGCGGGCGAAGACAGAGGGCUUGCUGUCGUGAGAGCCUUGGGUUUGAAAUGAAACUGUUUGGAUGGGGUUCUCUGUCGACAGACAGACACUGCCGCACUAUACACUUGUGUUGUGUUCAACCACUAAUGGAUAAUUCUGCAAUACUAAUAAAGCUUAAAAACAUGGCCAAGAGCAAUACUGAAUAAAUCAACCAAACUGAAAA